CGGCCAUUGUGUCUUUUGGCGCGCUCGAGCUGAGCAGAAAGCUGCGUGCAGUGAGAGGAGAGUAGGAACCAGAACCACGGAUGUAAAGCUAGUGGUGUGUCUUACUAGCCUCGCGGUUGCUGUAGUGCCUUGUCUUCUACAAGACUGUGUGGAGGCCAGUGGAAUUGCAGCUACCUGGACCUUUUAACACUUGCAUCAGUCUUCCUGCACAUACAGGGCGAAAUUUCGCAGCAGAAAACGAUACCCUUCCUCAUUCGGUGAUCAGGCAAGCCAAGGUUCAGUAAUGGGGAAGAAGGACGAGCGUGAUGGGUCUGGAUCUGGGUCUGGAUCCUCGUCUGAUGAGGAAGAGUACGUCGUGGAGAAGGUGCUGGACAGGAGGGUUGUCAAGGGUCAUGUGCAGUACUACCUGAAAUGGAAAGGCUUCUCAGAGAAGCACAACACCUGGGAGCCAGAGAAGAACCUGGGCUGUCCGGACCUGAUCUCGGAAUUCUUGAAGACGUACAAGAAGCCAGGCAGCGGCACCCCGGUCAGCAGUAGUGGCAAGUCCUCCAGCUCAAGCGGCUCGGGUCGUGCCAAGGACGCCAGCGGCACCAAGAGGAGCUCGCCAGAUGAGGACGAGGAUGAAGGCAGCAAGGCCAAGCGGAAAAAAGAGGAGGCCAUCCUGGUGGCGAGGGGCUUUGAACGCGGCCUGGAACCAGAAAAGAUCAUUGGGGCCACAGACUCCUGCGGAGACCUGAUGUUCCUCAUGAAAUGGAAAGACUCAGACGAGGCAGAUCUGGUGCUGGCGAAGGAGGCCAACCACAAGUGUCCCCAGAUCGUCAUCGCCUUCUAUGAGGAGCGCCUCACCUGGCACGAGGACAGCGACAAAAAGGACAAGAGUGUGGAGGCGUGAGGAGCAGGAGCAGUCUGGCGGUGUUUGGGUCGGGGACCGGGACCCGGACCCGGACCGGACCGGACCGACCUGAACUGUGACCCAGUCUGAUCUCACAUCAACCUCACCCUGAUCGGGUCUCUGUCUCACACACACACACCCUUCACAUGUUCCCUCCACGCAUCACUGGGUCUCUCACCUUUUUGAGAUUUUUAUUUUUUUAAUCAAAAAAAAAGAAGAAGAAGAAGAAGAAGAAGAAGAAAAAAACAGACGGGGGGAAAUGGAAAACAACAAGGCUCGUCCACCCCCUUCUAUACACAAAUAUAUUAUAUCUAUAUAAAUAUAUAUCUCCUUCAACUCAACAUGACCAGCUGAGAGACGGUUCAGAACAGAACAGUGAUGGCACACAUGUCAAUGGGAUGAACAAUGUGAUUGACUUCUUCCUUGUUGUUAUUACUCUUUUUUUCAUGCUUUUAUCAUGUCAUUUAUGUUUCAGUCUUCUUACUCAUGUGACAAAAAGCAAAAAGACGAGAGAGAAAAAACCUUCGACACUGUAAGUGUGCUGGGAUCGGAGACCCCAAGGCCCUUUCAUGGAUGCUAGAAGAUUGUACAUUUUCUAUGUGGAUAGAAACAUAUGUCAAAGAGCCCAGCAGUCUGAUGGUCUUGUAUAGGUGGAGAGGAGGGGCCAUGACAGCAUUUUUUAUCUUUUUUUCCUCUCUUUACUGUCGAGUGAAAAUUAGCAAUGUAUAGUCACUCUUGAUGCUUUUUGAAUGCGCUUUUCAAGCUGUUCAAGAUUCUAAGUCUUGUUCAGCUACUUUUUUUGUUUUUAUUGUCCUUAUCCCCCACAUUAUGACUUUGGUUUAUUUCACCACCCAUUUGUAACUUGGUCUUGUAGUUGAAGUCAAAUAUGAGUUAGAUUUGUACUCCUGUGUAGCUUUUAUUUUUUUAAUCAUGUCGUCUAUUUUUUUAAUCAUUUUUUAUUUUUGUUGGUUUACGGUCCUGCCAUGAAUGGUGUAUUACUGCCCACAGUAUUACCAAAUUUUAAUCAGUAGUUAUAAUCACCAGAAAAGCAGUUUUUGUUUUGUUUUGUUUUGAAUUUGGACUCCAUUGCCCUACCACCUGGUUGGACCGUUUGACAAUCCCGCCCACGCUACCCCAUGACCAGUCUGCUUUGGUCCUCAACGCUCCUGCCAGGAUGCAGCUCUGGUGCUACAUCUCCACCUAGUGGUGGGACUGUAUGCAAAGGAUCGGUUUUUCCCACCAAUCCACUGAAAACUCUUUCCAGGAGUCUGAAUGCUCUAAUGCUUCAGUAUUAUUGUGGUGGGUGGGUGCGUGCGUAGCGUGGAUUAUCAUUUCAAUUUUACGGUUAGCUUUGUACCGCCUUUUUUGCCCCCAUUUUACUUUGUAUUCUUCAUAUUCAAAUCAAAAGGGGCAUUGCAUCCUCCCUCCUGAUCAGUUUCAGAGUUCCGACCUGUGUGUUCAUUUUCAAUGUUGUAUCAUGUGGGAUGCUUGGUACAGUCACAUUUUGUAUGUCUUGUAGCAUAUUCUAAUAAACAUACUUUUCAACAUUA